AUGGCUCAAAUAAGCAUGUGGGAAGGAAACCAAUCUAAAGUUAUAUCACAUUUUAGGUUACUAAAGGAUACGUUGCAUGAUACCAAACAUGGAAUAAGGUAUGAGCAUAUCCUCGGUGCCUUCCUUUCCAUCUGUGGCAAAAGUCUGAGAGAAGAGCUGGAAAGGCAGUCAAGACUUGUGCAGAUCUUAGGAAUGGUUGCAGAGAAAGUAAAGCGGACAAGUGGAUCAGCCAGACAGAUGGUUCUGCAAAGUGGAAUGGAACGUGUCCAGUCUUUUUUCUUGAAAAACAAAUGCCGCUUGCCUCUCAGCCCCAGUCUUGUAGCUAAAGAAUUGAAUGUGAAGGCAUGUUCCUAUUUCAGUUCUAAUGCAGUUCCUCUUAAAAUUGCUUUGGUGAAUGCAGAUCCUUUGGGAGAAGAAAUUAAUGUAAUGUUUAAGGUUGGAGAAGAUCUGCGCCAGGAUAUGUUAGCGUUGCAAAUGAUAAAAAUCAUGGAUAAGAUCUGGUUACAGGAAGGACUGGAUUUGAGGAUGGUUAUGUUCAAGUGCCUUGCAACUGGCAAAGAUAGAGGAAUGGUAGAACUUGUUCCAGCUUCAGAUACUCUUAGGAAAAUUCAAGUGGAGUAUGGAGUGACAGGAUCCUUUAAAGAUAAGCCUCUUGCAGAAUGGCUAAGAAAAUACAACUCUACAGAAGAAGAAUAUGAAAAGGCUUCUGAAAAUUUCAUCUAUUCCUGUGCUGGGUGUUGUGUGGCUACCUAUGUCCUAGGUAUCUGCGACCGCCACAAUGAUAACAUAAUGCUUCGAAGUACAGGACAUAUGUUUCAUAUUGAUUUUGGAAAAUUCUUGGGCCAUGCUCAGAUGUUUGGAACCUUUAAGAGGGAUCGGGCUCCUUUUGUGCUGACAUCAGAUAUGGCUUACGUUAUCAAUGGUGGAGAAAAGCCCACAAUUCGUUUCCAGCUGUUUGUUGAUCUCUGCUGCCAAGCUUAUAAUUUAAUCAGAAAACAAGCCAACCUUUUCCUUAAUCUGCUGUCCCUGAUGAUGUCUUCUGGCUUGCCAGAACUUACUGGAGUUCAAGAUCUCAAAUAUGUCCAGGAUGCUCUUCAGCCCCAAACUACUGAUGCCGAGGCUACCAUUUUCUUCACAAGGCUAAUUGAAUCAAGUUUGGGAAGUGUUGCUACAAAGUUCAACUUUUUUAUACACAACCUUGCUCAACUGCGUUUCUCAGGGCUGCCUUCUAAUGAUGAGCCAAUCCUAUCUUUUUCACCCAAAACAUACUCACUCAAACAAGAUGGUCGUAUCAAAGAAGCAUCUGUUUUUACCUACCAUAAAAGAUACAACCCAGAUAAAUAUUAUAUCUAUGUGGUCAGAGUUUUGAGAGAGGGGCAAACUGAACCCACAUUCAUUUUUCGCACAUUUGAUGAGUUUCAGGAGUUACACAACAAGCUUGGGAUCCUAUUUCCUCUUUGGAAAUUACCAGGCUUCCCUAGUAAGAUGGUUCUAGGAAGAACUCAUGUAAAGGAUGUAGCAGCCAAGAGGAAAGUAGAGCUAAAUAGCUACAUACAAAGUUUAAUGAAUGCAUCAACAGAUGUAUCGGAGUGCGAUCUUAUUUAUACUUUCUUCCAUCCCUUACCUCGUGAUGAAAAAGCUGAAGGAAUUGAUGGAAUAACUAGGUGUACAGAUGUAGGCCCUUCAAGUCCUACCUCAGGCAAAGUAGGAGGAGAAGUUAAGUUGUCCAUCUCCUAUAGAAAUAAGACUCUGUUUAUCAUGGUGAUGCACAUUAAAGAUUUGGUUACUGAUGAUGGUGCAGAUCCUAACCCAUAUGUAAAGACAUAUUUGCUUCCAGACAUGCAUAAAACCUCUAAGCGGAAAACCAAAAUAUCACGGAAAACUAGAAAUCCAACAUUCAAUGAAAUGCUUGUGUACAGUGGAUAUAGCAAAGAAACCCUCAAGCAAAGGGAACUUCAGCUCAGUGUACUCAGUGCUGAAUCUCUGCGUGAAAACUUUUUCCUGGGUGGGAUCACUCUUUCUUUAAAGGAUUUUAACUUAAGCAAGGAGACUGUGAACUGGUACAGGCUUGCUGCUGCACCAUAUUUGUGAGCCUGACAACUUACAGAGCUGAAGAUAUGACCUAAAUAAUCUUAACUCCAUUUGUAUAUGAUCACUUUUCUCUACUUGAAGGUAAUCCGUACACUUUAGCUUGAAACACUGCAAUUUGGUGGGAUUGUAGUUGGACCAGCCUUUGCAGAACUUUACACAAGACUUCUGGCAAGUCAUCUGCUUUGUGCUUUUACUGCAAUAUAAGCAUUGAUGUAUAUGAAUUGUAUAAAUGUAAUAACUUGUUAUAAAUGCAGUUCUGAAUAUGAAGAAAUGUUUCAAAUUCAAUCUGAGGGGGUUAUCCUGAAUUAUUUCAAUCCCGCUUGAAUUGUUUGCCUUAUAUACUGCAAACUUUUAUAAUUCUCUUUAUAAUUUAUAAUUAUGAAGACUUUAUAAUUCUGCUCUCAGCACAUACAGCAGCACAGUUUAAAAAAUGAUCAUGACAAAAUUAUUUUUCAGUCUGUUAAAAGGGAGGCCCAAGUAGAAGGAUAGAAAUUCAGUGUAGCAUUUGGCCUUAUGACUUGUAAAGCUUCUUAGAGGCCAUUAUUAGAAUGAGUGCCAAUAAUUGAAAUUAAAUUAUAAAUAAUGGUGCCUUAUUUUGUUGCUUAUACCUCAUUUCUAAUAUUUAAAACAUUUUCCAAUGCUAAAAGUUAAACUUGCUAAAAAAUGCUUAUGUGGUUCAUCGUAUAAAUUCUUUAACAUUUCCCCUUUCAAUUUAGAUCCACUUUAGGUUAGAUUCAUUAAAAAAAAACCUUACCAGGUUGUUGAACUACAAAUAUUGUAUAAAUGCAGAUGCAAUUGAUUUUUCACCAUGGUUUGCUGUAAAGCACAUGCAUUUUUCCUUUAGGUAGAUAUAUGGGCUAUUCAACAGUAAUUUUGAAUUUCAAAGUAGGUCCCACAAAGCAUGAUUUCUAUUAUAUAUGAAUUAAAAAUAUGCAUACUAUAGAAAAAGGUCAAGUAUAAAUUGCACUAGCUACUGUAUAGAGAAGUUGACACAGUGACCAUUGGAGUUAACAUUUAGAUUUUUUUCAUGAGUAGUAAGAGAAUAAUCCACAAAGCAUUUUAUUUCAAUUAAAACUGAUUUGCCAUUAGUAAAGAUAAUAAAAGAUACUAUGUAUGAGGUAUGGUAGAUUGUAUUUCAAAUUCAUUUCUUUAAUUUGUAUCCAGCUAAUUUGUAACACUUGGAGAAAGCUGGGUAUAAUUGCAAUAUACUAAACCCAAUAUUUUGUUUUUUUUAAAAAAGCUCUUCUAGGAAUUAACAUUCCACAGAAUGGUUAAUGUUGAAACCCAAAUACUUUAGAAUAAAAAUACAGACCGCUGAAUUUAAAGCAAAAAAACAAAAAAACAAAAAUAGCAUGAUGAAUUAUACGAUAGAUGUGUGACAAUCUAUUGCAGGCAAUUAAAUGAAAGUAUGAUAUUAAAUGGUUGUUAACCUGGGGUGCUGAAAUGUUCAUAAUCGACUGUAAAAUAAAUUUUGGGAUUCCUCAGUGUUAAAACUGCAUUGUGAUUAAUAGAAGCUACUUAACAUUUUUAGAAGAGUUUAUUAGUUAUAUGUUAAAUAUCUAAGUUGUAAGCUAUAGAGUAAACUAACUAGAUUGUAUUUCCUGCUCACUUGAUGCUUUUUGAGAUGUAUUCCAUUCCAUCAACAAAACCACAAGUCAUAUAAACACAGGGAAGUAGGCUACUGUUUUUGUGAAACAUUGCAUUAGAUUAACUAUAAAGCAAUAAAUAUAUACUGCUUUUUUGCAGUCUGUAACUACAGCACAGUGUAUCACAGCACAAAUCUAGAAAUUUUUUUAAAAACCCUUUAAUGACGGUCGUUUGCAGCUGCAGUUCUUGUCUGGAUGUUAGAAUAUAUGCUGCACCUUACGGUAGUAUUGCCAUUAUUACAUCCUGUGCCUUUGCCCACCACCAUUUCUCAAAAUAACUCCACAAUGAAUAAAGCUCUUCAGGUACAUUCUUAUAAAGGUGUUUUUCAAUUAUCAUUAAACAUGUAAAGGAGCAACAUUAAUUUUGCAUCUCUUUCAAAUUAUUUAUAUUUGUGUGAUACACAAAAGUUUUUUUUUAAAAUAACACAAAUAUUUAAGCUGAUAUACAAAAGGGUAAGAGGGAAUAAUCACAAUCAGAUGUAACACUUUACUAAGGAAUGUUUUUAAAAUGUGGUCUCAUGGCAUUUUUAUACUUUGUGAAUGAAAUUAAAUCCUAUGCAUCAAAUGUGGACUGCAGCUAGAAGUCAGUUUGUGUCUGUACAUUUACUUCAACAUUUUGAGGAAAACAUCUUACUUUAAGAAAAACAACCUCCAUAUUUUCUGUACUAAAUAAUUAGUUAUGACUUUGCACUGAAAAUUUUUAUACUGCCUUUUUAUGACCUAUAUGUAUAUAUAAAAAGCAUGGGAGAUCUGUGGUAUUUCUCUAUUUUUAAAAUGAUCCAGAAAUGUAUCUUGCCUUAAAUUUGACUGUUGCUUCCAGGAUACUAUUAGCUUUUAAACUAAAGAAAUAUUUCUAGAAUCUGCAAAAUAUUGUUCACUGUGUAAUAUGGAUUUAAUUGGUAAACUUAUGUUCAUUGGUAUCAGUGGGCUAAAGUUUAAAGCUUCCAUAUGUGGAAAAAAUUACACCAUUCUCAGAAUCUAUAGGAAUUUAAUAAUCUCUGUGUGGUAUUCUCAGUACUGUGAUUAACAAUUUGGCAAAGGUUUAUAAAUAAUAAAAUGCAUUAUAAGUAAAUGUGGAUGUUUGCCUUCAAUUGUUUCUUUAUCUGUAAGAACCAAAUACUUCAGCUAUAUUACACUGAUAGCUAAUAAAGAUGUACAUUAUUUCUAUCUAAGCCUAAACCCAAAAUAUUUGGGUUAAAUGUGACUCCAUAACUGUCCUACAAUUACAUUAAAUACUAUU